UGGUCGCCAAGGAAGCAGCUCACGGGGCAACGAGGAUUUAUCUACCGGCUGCCAGCCAGCCGCCUUUCGAAACGAGGACGCGGUCUCUCUUCUGGAACCUGGUUCGAGAGCGCGCAUCCAGCCAGAGCCAGCCAGCCAGCCGUUUGGGGUUGAUUGCUUGGGGUUCGAGGAGGAGGAGGAUGGCAAUGAUGGUGGCGGCGGAGGGGAGCGGGCGCAGGGACGCCGAGGCGGAGCUCAACCUGCCGCCGGGGUUCCGGUUCCACCCCACCGACGAGGAGCUCGUCAUGCACUACCUCUGCCGGAGGGUCGCGCGGCAGCAGCUGCCCGUGCCCAUCAUCGCCGAGGUCGACCUCUACAAGUUCGAUCCGUGGGAUCUGCCUGAGAAGGCGCUGUUCGGCCGCAAAGAGUGGUACUUCUUCACGCCGCGAGACCGCAAGUACCCGAACGGCUCGCGCCCCAACCGCGCCGCCGGGAGGGGGUACUGGAAGGCCACCGGCGCCGACAAGCCGAUCACGCCCAAGGGCAGCGGCAGGGCGGCGGGCAUCAAGAAGGCGCUCGUCUUCUACUCCGGCAAGGCGCCGAGGGGCGUCAAGACCGACUGGAUCAUGCACGAGUACCGCCUCGCCGACGCUGACCGCGCCCCGGGCAAGAAGGGGUCACAGAAGUUGGACGAGUGGGUGCUGUGCCGGCUGUACAACAAGAAGAAGAACUGGGAGAAGGUGAAGGUGGAGGAGCCGGAGGCGGCGCCGCAUCACCACCACGCCGACUCCAUGUCCGACAGCUUCCAGACGCACGACUCGGACAUCGACAACGCCGCCGGCAUGCAGAACAGCUUCGGGAGCAUGCCGCAGGGGGUGCAGGCCAUGAAGAACGGCAUCGGCGCCGUGACGGUGAAGGAGGACAACGACUGGUUCACCGGCCUGAAUCUGGAUGAUCUGCAGGCGCCUUACAACAUGGUGCAGCUGGUGAAUCCUAACCCGGUCCACCAGACGAUGAAUCUGGCAGCUGGUCAAGGCCAUGGCUACUUCCAGUCGAUGAGCUCGCCGUCGAUGAAGAUGUGGCAGACAAUCUUGCCACCAUUCUGAGAAGGGGAAAGACAUGCUCUUGUAAAUAAGGGGGGCAAUAGGAGUGGCUAGACAGGACUAGAAAACAAGAUUUAAAAUUUGGAGGGUAUGAUUCUGCAAAACUGUUGCUGUAGGCCUGUAAUGUUUAUUCAUUUGUUAGAUCUAUCUAUGCAUUUGGUAACCUGCAAAAAAACACCUACCGCCCUUUGCACUUCUCGAGAAAACUAUGAAGUUACUCGUAUUGUCAUAUGUUCAGUCUGAACUGAAAUUUAUCUUGGAUGAUUCUACAGAA